AUGAGCUCCAAGACGACCGUCCUGCGCCUCUACCGGCGCUCGCUCAAGCUCUCCCUCGACUGGGCCGUCCACCGAUAUCUCUGGCGGGGCCAGGCUAUGUACAUCCGGUCGCUUUUCGAGGCCAAUAAGCACGUCACCGAGCCGCGCCAGCAGCGAGAGCUGAUCAAGGAGACGGAGACGCUGCUGGAAAAGUGGAAGCAUCCCGAUCCGUACCGCCCCCCGACUGCCCCCGGAGGCUCCAAGUACGAGCGCAACGUGCCAGCCCCGAUCCUGGAUCCUCCGCCGAAGAUGAUUCUAUAG